AUGAUGAUGUUUUGCUGCCUCGUCUACAUGCACAGCCUAUUAUUGCCGCGGUGCGCCAUUCCAUCUGCGCGUCGAGCGCCGCCGGUUCGGCUCAAGUCAUCUCGCUUCGCGGAGAUCACCUCGCCGGCCGCUUACGAGGGCCUUGUGCAGACCCUACCGAUUGAGGGCGCGACUGUGGUCAAAUUCACCGCCCCGUGGUGCCGGACAUGCCGUCAGUCCAACGCGAAGCUCAGCUUUAUCGCCUCCAAAUGGCGGCGCGCUAGCUUCUAUGAGCUGAAGCUGAGCGAAUCACAAAGCGUCGAGUGGGCCAGGCAGCGAGGCAUCAGUCAGCUGCCCUUCAUUGAGGUGUACGAGGGGCGAACGUGCAUCGAGCGCUUCGUCGCGCCGCCUUCCCGCGUGCGCGCCCUCUCAUCGGCGCUGACGGCUGCCCGUCGGAGGUUGCGGUAUCAGCGACGGCUGCGCACCGCUCUGCGGCUACGAGCGCUGCGGCGAGAGCGACAGCGGCUCCGGAGCGCGCUGCUUGCGCUCGAGAGCGAGGAGCGUGAGCUUGGCAGGCGCCUGCGAUGGGACAGGGUCAUGCGGCAGCGUGCGGCGCGGUACGGGUCGUAG